CAUGGUUAAAGGAUGGGGUCUUUUUCACUAACCGGAAACCUGUAAUUCAUCAACUUCCGGUGUCACGGAGUGCCUGGGAGACGGAGCAAAAAAGCGGGCAUACCGAUAGCGUUUUUGUUUUCAACAUUUAAAUGGGCAACAUUUGACUCAUAUAGUCAAACAACCGCGGCUUGUGGACCAGUUCCCCCUCUGGACUUUGCAUCUGGCUUGAAAAAUAAUCAUUCAUUCGUGUUUCGUCCUAGCUAACGAGCUCCACACGAGCAGGCCUAUUCUUCUGGACUUUGCUACAAGCUAGUUAGCUAACGUUAGCAGGCUAACCCAUGCGAGCACGUUUUCUUUCUCAAUGAUUCUGUCUGUUACGUUGUAAAUAAAUACCACACAGCUUAUGCGUGUGCUUGGUAACUUGUUUUGGUAGUUGUAUUGUUAAGUAGGCUGCUCGUUAAAGCACAUUUACGUUAGCUACCUCAGCGAGGCGCUUGCUUUUAUAGUGUUGUUCACUUUGUUGCUAGCUUAAGCUAGCCACCGCUAACUGAACAACGCAGUCGCCGAAAGCGCAUCAGCCUUCAACUCACAGAGAUGUCGGACUUCGACGAAUUUGAAAGGCAGCUGUCUGAAAACAAACAAGCUGAAAGGGACAAAGAGAACCGCCACCACCGCCGGUCUUCCUCUCGUAGCCGAAGCAGAGAGAGGAAAAGGAGGAGCAGAGACAGGGAUAGACGCAGCAGGGACCGCCGUGGGGAAAGUAAGGAGGAGCGCAGACACAGACGCAGCUCACCAGCCAGCUUCCCCGUGGACAAUGCUGGAAGCCGUUCUCCACACCGCGAGGUGCCGGCGAAGAAGAAGAACAAGGUUAAAAAGUACUGGGAUGUCCCUCCACCGGGUUUUGAACACAUCACUCCCAUGCAGUACAAAGCCAUGCAAGCUGCAGGGCAGAUCCCAGCCACAGCCCUCCUGCCCACCAUGACUCCAGAUGGCCUGGCUGUGACCCCCACCCCGGUGCCUGUAGUGGGCAGCCAGAUGACCCGGCAGGCCCGCCGGCUCUACGUGGGUAACAUCCCAUUUGGAAUCACAGAGGAGUCCAUGAUGGACUUCUUCAAUGCCCAGAUGCGCUUGGGUGGUCUUACUCAGGCCCCUGGAAACCCUGUUCUUGCAGUACAGAUCAACCAGGAUAAGAACUUUGCCUUCCUUGAGUUCCGUUCAGUGGACGAAACUACACAGGCAAUGGCCUUUGAUGGCAUCAUCUUUCAAGGCCAGAGUCUCAAGAUCCGUCGUCCACAUGAUUACCAACCUCUACCCGGCAUGAGCGAGAACCCCAGUGUCUAUGUGCCUGGUACUCAGCCAAUUAAUGGUGUCGUUUCCACAGUUGUUCCUGACUCAGCCCACAAGCUAUUCAUUGGAGGUCUGCCCAACUACUUGAACGAUGACCAGGUGAAGGAGCUCUUGACGUCCUUUGGUCCCCUGAAGGCUUUCAACCUGGUGAAGGACAGUGCUACAGGCUUAUCUAAAGGAUAUGCGUUUUGUGAAUAUGUUGAUGUCAACCUUAAUGACCAGGCUAUUGCUGGACUGAAUGGCAUGCAGCUGGGAGACAAGAAGCUCCUGGUGCAGAGAGCCAGCGUGGGAUCCAAGAACGCCACUCUCACAAGUAUAAAUCAGACCCCAGUGACGCUGCAGGUGCCGGGUAUGAACAGCUCGGUGACUCAGAUGGGUGGCCUGCCCACCGAGGUGCUGUGUCUGAUGAACAUGGUGGCCGCCGAGGAGCUGCUGGAUGAUGACGAGUAUGAGGAGAUCGUUGAGGACGUCAAGGACGAGUGCAGCAAGUACGGCCAGGUCAAGAGCAUCGAGAUCCCCCGACCUGUGGACGGCCUGGAGGUGCCCGGCACCGGCAAGAUCUUUGUGGAGUUCAUGUCCGUUUUUGACUCCCAGAAGGCCAUGCAGGGGCUGACGGGAAGGAAGUUUGCCAACAGGGUGGUGGUGACCAAAUACUGCGACCCAGAUGCUUAUCACCGCCGAGACUUCUGGUAGGAGGAGCCAUGAAGAGAAGAGGACGGCGGA